GAUACCAAACAAUAUCAAUAUUUGUGUGGAUAUGGUUUCCCUUGUCCGUAUAUUACUGUCGAACUGUUUCAAUUCUAUGGUUUAUUCCAUUUUAUUUUGCCAACAGUUUCGGAACAGCAUUAGCAUUUUUAGGAACUUUAAAUACCAAUGAUUCUAAUUGGUUACCAGAAUAUUUUUUAUAUUCUGCAGCGCUUGGUUUUGGAAUGAAUAUUUUAUCAUGUAUUAGUCUAGCUAUUGAUAAAUUGGCUCAAAAUGUAUUCAAAGGAUGGCCCAGAUUUCUUGUUUUUCCCUGUAUCUGGACAGGUUUGUAA